AUGAAGAAUAUAUCUAUAUUUCUUAUAUCCUGUGUGUUAGCAUCUAAAGAUAAAUUAUUACAUUAUGUAACUGAUGAAGUUGCAGGAGGUUCAUACAAAUAUUAUAAUUUAGCUUACGAUGGUUUUGUUAGAAUAGUGUUAAUAUCUGAGGUUGGAGAUACAGAUUUAUAUGCUUCGCAAAUAAUAACAAAACCGACAUACGAACCAGAUCAAUAUUGUCUUCAAUCUGCUACAUGUGGGGAUGAUGUUAUUGUUAUUCCUGAUAGCUUUAAAAGACCAGUUAGUAUAGGAAUAUAUGGACAUCCAUCACAUGAAAGUAGUAAAUAUAUCCUUUUAGUGUAUGAAACAACAGAUACAGAAAACAUAUCAUUUAAAAGAAAUUUAGAUAUUCAUCAUGAGGAACAAAAGCCAUCAAUCUUAUCCAUUACCUGGUAUUUGUUAGAUUUUCUUUUUAAUACAUUAUUUUGA